AGCGGGCAUUAGAGCUCAUUGCUCAUUAGUAAGACAAUAUAUGGUAGUUAGUUAUACUAUACUCAUUCUAUACCCCGCCAAAUGCGCAAGAGUAAGAAACGGAAGGGUAUAUAUCAAGAUUCCAGAUUCAAGACCUCUCCACGGUCAGCUCGGUCACCGUCUGGAUCUGAAACGCGCUGGUCGUGCCAUCCCUGCGCACCAACGGCGGCCUCUGCAGUGCCCCAGACGCAGAGGGAGAGGCAAACGCAGAAGCCGUUGUCCCCAGCCCUGUCCCUGGGUCCAUGCCCAUGCCCAUGCCGCCAACUCCAACACCCAGCCCAGCCAGGCCCGCAAGCCCCGGGUCCAGCGUACUCUCACUCCCCGUGCCCGUGCCCGGCGUCCCCGUCGUCCCACUAGGACUAACACUCAGACUGACACUUUCCCCCGGACUCUUCCCCUUAUGCCCC